AAGGUUUACUGCCGUCAGAUUCAAGACAGACUAGUCGUGGUAUUGUGACCGUCGCUGCCAUUAAGUUAUUCACCGUUCUUCGGCCUGUCCUCACAUCACGACUUCACGUACGUUUUUUUUCACAGAGUUUGUCAGAAAAACAACUCACACAGCGCGCUGCCGGCUAACACGGCUGGGCACCUGCUGGUCUCUAAACCUGUCUAGAACUGUAACCUCGCAGAAAGGACUGACUUUGAAGCAGACCAUCAUGGCAUUAUUCUCUCAUCGGCAGAGUUUAUUCAUUGGAGUUAUUACUUACUGUGUUUUAGCAUCGGUGCUAUGUGCUGACGAAGCCCAGUUUACCAAGAUUGUACCUAAUACCGAGAAACAAAUAGAGAAGUUGAAAGAAGAUGUGGGCCCUGAAGGAGAUAUGGGCCUAUCUCUGGAGCAAGAACAGCCACAAGAAUACAAUGAGCUUGAAAAUUUGGCGAAGCGGGAAGAUAUAAGCAUAGAUGCAGCGAUGAGUGGGGGCGACUUGCAAGGCUUUGACUUGGGACACACGCUUGAAGGAAACCGUGACAGAUCAAGGACAAGGUCAAGAUUACGUUAUCUGAACUCUCAGAACCAGCGGAUGAUUUCUCAACAAGCUGCGCCCAAGCAAGCAGGCCAAAGCGGUAUCAAUGCCCGGAUGGCCAAGAUGAUCGUCGGUUUACAUAACAGUUACAGGCGAACCGUUCCCGGGCCAGCCGCUAACAUGGAGGAAAUGAAAUGGGAUGAGGAUUUAGCCACUAUGGCCUCGGACUACGCUAAGGAAUGCAUCUGGGCACACGGCAACCCAGACAACAUUACUCCCUACCAGCACGUUGGUCAGAACCUGGCCUACAGUAGGGGUGGAGCACCCUCCUCCCCCAUGUUCCUUAUCUCGCACUGGUUCAAUGAGAAGAAAAACUAUGACAUUAACACCGAUUCAUGUGUUCCAGGAGCUGUAUGCGGCCACUACACGCAGGUUGUCUGGGCUCACACGAACAAAAUCGGAUGUGCCUUGCAGUUGUGUCCUGUUCUGCGAGACCCACAACCAGGCGGAGCAGAGUUCACAGAUGCACAUUUGCUUGUUUGCAACUACGGGCCUGGCGGGAACGUAAAUGGCCACACGCCCUAUCAAAUUGGUCAGCCAUGUAGCCUGUGCGCAUCCGGACUGGGAAACUGUAGGAAUGGACUUUGUAGUGAAUGUUCCUUAGUCGACCAAGGAUGCGAAUGCCAUCUGGAGUGUCAGAAUGGAGGGAACAUGAAUUCUGACCAGUGUAAAUGUGACUGUCCUCCAGGAUGGACGGGUACACUCUGCCAAAAUGUCUGCAAUAAUACGCACCCGUGGUGUGGUAAUGGAUGGCCUAAGCACUGGUGCUUUGUUGAGAAUGAUGCCAACCCAGUAGAGCAACUAUGCCCAGCAUUGUGUGGAGUCUGUGAGUGUGGCGGACCCGACUGUGUAAACGGAGGCACUAAAAACCCCGACACGUGCAUGUGUGACUGCAUCGAGCCAUGGAGUGGAGCUUCAUGCUCAGAGUGUAAUAUUCAGUGUGUGCAUGGUUCUAUGGAUUAUGACAACUGCCAUUGUAGCUGUGAUGAUGGCUGGAUGGGCGAAUCUUGUGGAGAGCGUUGUGAAAAUACUAACAAGGUCCUCUGUCAUCGUGGCUGGUAUCCAAACUGGUGUGACGAUGAUCAUCCGUAUGUGCUGACGUACUGUCAAGCCAUGUGUGGCUUAUGCAAUCCUGUGAUGUCUGCAGCUGCUGCUGGAGAUUGCGAUAUGACCUGCUACAACCAAGGUCUGCUGAACCGUGAAACAUGUACGUGUGAGUGUCCAAGUGGAUGGCAUGGAGAAGACUGCACAGCCAUUUGUCGAGAUGAGUUCCAGUAUUGUGAAUGGUCUGAUGCCGUCCUGUGUGAGAACAAUGAGGACUUUGCCACCAAUUACUGUCCAGUAUCCUGUGGCAGAUGCGUGCCAAAUCCUAGCCUACUGGGAGGAUCCAACUUUCAAGUUUAAACAAUAUCACGCAGUUCUUAUUACUGAAGAGAAACGAACGUAAAUGGUGGAACAACAAAUGACAGAUCCUAAGAACAGUGUAUGAACAAAUGAAAUGUCUACAAAAUAAUCAUUAAUGUGCCGUCGUAAGGGUACCAUAGGAGCAAGAAUUGAUUUUCUUAACCGAUUGGCUUUUUAUUUCAUGUGUUUUACGUUCCCCCCUCAUUGGUGACACUCUUUGACAAGGAGAGACUUCAAAUUAUGGACCUAUCCUCGACGUAGCACUUUGAUAGUGAGAUCUUUGAGGAGAUAUCUGAUGAUGGUAUUAUAAUUAAAAUAGUAAUUUAGUUGGUUUAGAUUUUUAGAAUCUAGAGCCUAAGCCGACCUUUUCAUUUUUUGAUUUCAGACAUAAAUAUGGUUCGAUAACAGUAUCCACUUGAAUGCGUAGACUCAUUAAAGUUUUGCAUAAUAAUUAUGCUCACUUCAUGACAACUUCAUCGCUGAUUAUUCCUCGUGUGUAAGUUAUGUCCAUUCAAUUAAAUACAUGUAGGCCUAUACAAAUAAAGUCAACAUCAUGAGAAACAGAAACUGAUGUUUAUGCUUAUUUUUAUGUAGUAUCUAGUUUUAAAUGAACACAUAAAAUUCCUUACCUUUGCUGUAGUAAAAGUCAUAUUUUAUGUAUGGCCAAGCAGAUUUCGUUCAAGUACUUUAAAUAUGAGAAACACUAUGUCCAUUCAUGGAAUACAUUGCUCGGUCACUUUGGCAAAGGUUUUAAAAACAAAAUCAACCUCUUACCCACAUUCAUGUGUGUUUUAUUGUAAUCAUAGUGAUGGAGGUCUGAGUUUGUUUCUCUUGGUUUUGCACUCUAAAGCCUCAAAGAUUCAAAAACAUUAAAAUAUCAUCAAUAUUUCAUCAAUCUGUAAACUAAGAGGGGUUUUUAAAAUGUAGCGAUAACUCGAUAUACCAUACCCGUGUCUCAUUAACUUAUUCCAUUUAAUAUCAGUGGAGUGUACGUGUGUAAGUCCAAUGUAGUGGCGUUCUAUUACAUGUAAUGGUGUUUUACGUUCUUAAUCCAUGGUUGUCGAAGCCAAACGCAUUUAGUUAACGAAUGCGGCAAUUUAUUGUAUAAUUUUUUGUGUAUAUAUGUCUUGUCUAAAUUCUGUAAAUGCGGAAUAGAACAGAAUUCCAGCUACCUAUUCUAUUUCAUUCAUAAUGUAACGUUUGUUGUAGAAACAUUGAUUAUACUCAUAUAAUUAUGAUAUACCUGUAUACAUGUUUGACCAUGUUAAUUCAAUAAACACAAGUGGAGAAACUUAAA